AUGGGAAAGAAUAUAAAUAUGUAUCAUUUUGCUCCUACCGAUACAUUUUACGACGUCGAAGAAUUUAUCAAUAGAGAAAUUGAUGACGAGCGAGCUGUCACAAUUCUAGAAGAAGACCUACUUGCAUCAAAUUUCUUAAAUUCGGAACAAAAGAAUGCAUAUAACUUGAUACUACAAACCUUACUGUCAAAUGAAUCUGAUGCAUUUUUCAUUGACGGUCCUGCUGGUACUGUAAACAUGCGGACUAUCUAUAGAUCUAUUAAAGAUAUCACUCAAAAUACCAGAAAUUGGAAAAUAAAAAUGAUUGUUGCUGAAAAGUCACCAAAACGUGUGGCUCAAAAUUCACCUACAAAGAAUCAGAAUUUGGUACUCAUGGAUGUUGAGGGAAAUCGUGUACAAGCAGUCAUUUUCGGGAAAGACAUUGACCUACGUGAUGACACGCUCAAUGUAUAUCAAUCAUACUACAUUGCUAAUGCUUUCGUCAAACCACUGGAUGCAAGACAUAGAAGGGAGGCAUAUGAGCUUCAGUGGAUAAUUAAUUCCCGAACCAUUGUCGAAAAUAUUGAAUACGACGAAUCGCCGCUUAAACCACCAGAUUAUAAUAUUAUUCCUUUCAAUCAACUUGAUAUCUACAAAGAUACAGAUGCAGAAGUAGAUAUCCUGGCAAUAGCAAUGAGCACGAAUGCACCAAGACAGGUUAACACAAGCCAUGGCAAAUCAUUGGUGCAAGACAUAUAUGUGAUCGAUUCAAGUGUAAAGGUUCUACGUUUGGCAAUGUGGAACAGAUUUGUUCACGAUGAAUGCUCUGAAAUUUGUAACAUUAUUAUGGAAAAGCCAAUUGUCCUUGGAACAAAAAUCAGAGUCUCUUCGUAUAACGGCUUAUCAUUAUCGUCGCGACCUACGAGUGUGUUCACCAUUGAGCCCUUUCUUGCAUCUGCCAUUUCAUUGCGUGCAUGGGCAACAGAAAACAACUCAUUACUUGAAGAAACAAUUGCCAAAAAUUUGGAUAGGCCAGGUGCAUCAACUCCAGGCAGUUCUACCGAUCUAUUAGUGAAAAUAUCAGAAAUUGUGGAAGCCUUAGAAUCUAUUCCAGCAAUGAUGGUAUAA